GCUCCGCCCUAACUCUGUUGGCGCUGACUAUCGCGACAGGACUUAAACCUCAGGGCUCACAGGCCCGGGAACGAGCUUCGCGUAUCGUGAGGUGCUAUGAGUCUAAAUUUACACCCCACGUUUAGUGUGUCUGACGGUUAUUUAAGGACGGGCGAUUUCCUUCCCGUCCGACUCCUUGUUCUACUGCGUUGACCCACCAACUAGCGUCACGCAACACGCCCAACAACGCGCAGGCGCAGUAGCCCCGUUGGGACUUACGAGGUCGCUUCCUGAGACUUUUGUGGCGCUAGUAGCGGCUUCGGGCAGGACGGCGGCCGAGAGGCAGGGCGCGUUUUGGUUCGCGCGGAUCCGGGAGGCGAGAUGCGGUACAACGAGAAAGAGUUGCAAGCGCUAUCCCGGCAGCCGGCAGAGAUGGCGGCCGAGCUGGGCAUGCGGGGCCCCAAGAAGGGCAGCGUGGCCAAGAGGCGGCUGGUGAAGCUGGUGGUCAACUUCCUCUUUUACUUCCGCCCGGACGAGGCCGAGCCCCUCGGAGCCCUGUUGCUGGAGCGCUGCAGAGUGGCCCAGGAAGAGCCGGGAGGCUUCUCCAUCAGCUUCGUGGAAGACCUCAGCAGGAAAUAUCACUUUGAAUGCUGUAGCCAAGAGCAGUGCCAGGAGUGGAUGGAGGCUCUGCAGCGGGCCAGCUACGAAUACAUGAGACGGAGCCUCAUCUUCUACAGGAAUGAGAUCAGGAAGAUGACCGGCAAGGACCCGCUGGAGCAGUUCGGCAUCUCCGAGGAGGCCAGGUUCCAGCUGAGUAGCCUGCCUAAGGAUGCUUCUUGCAUUGGCUCCCAGCUACCUGUGUUGGACUGACCCCUCUGGCCCCCCCGCCCCCCCUGGCUACCCUGGGAAGUUUUGUUUUGUUUUUUAAAUAGGUUUAAAUACAUCUGUUCAAAGGUCCAGAGGAGGUAGGCAGGGUCUGUGGUCCUCGCUCUCCCUGCCAUCUCCCUGCUGGCACCCCUUGACUGUGCACAUCCAGGGACAGCGCCCCUGUCCAUGGCCAGAUGAAUGUAUAAUGCUAAAGCUGUGAACCCCACUCCUGCUGAUAGAGCAGGCGUUGGUGCUGGCCUUCAGUGCUGAGCCCACUCUUUAAUAAAGGUACCUCUUUUUGUGAAUCACA